AUGUUUAAUCCAGAUGAGUUCGUCACGGAUGAAACCGAUGGCUAUGGCUCGACGUACUUGAUAAAGUUGAAGAAGCCAAAGAAGCGGGUGAAAUGCAAGUUGAAGACGAGGCUGUUUGAUCGAUAUUUCGGCGGGACUGAGAUUCAUGGGCUGUUGUUGGCGUUCAGUGUAAGUUAUUGGCCGAUAGAGGCUGUAGGUGUCUAUUUUAAAUGUGUGUAAAUACCAUAGUCUAGCUGACAAAGAAAGUACCAUGUUUUUAGAAAGGUAUAUCCCGUUCAUAUCAAGCAAUAUGGAUUACAUUUUUGGUCAUCACUGCACUGGUUUCGGCCAUGACUACAAGAACCACAUUUGAUGAGUAUUUGGAGCAUCAAACUGCCACGUCAUUCAAAAUUAAGCAGGUAAAAUACGACAUGCAAUCUAUCUAUUAUAGCAAACUUACUUGUCUUUGUUACCUUGCGUCUGCCUUGCGUAACAAUGCUCUACUUUCUUCAGGUUCUGGAGCUCGAAUAUCCCUCUUUAAUCAUCUGUCCAAAAAAUCCCGAUGCGCUUCGGUUUGAAGAAGUUAUCAAAGAAAUUCAAUCCAAAUUCCCGCGGAUAUCCGACAAAUUCGCGGAAAUGAUGGUCGCUUAUGUCAUUGCUGACUCUGGCUUUGCCAACAUGGAUAAAAGAAUUGAUAAACUUACCGUGGGCCAUCAUAAGAAGCUGCGGUAUUGGCUGAGAAAAUGGCGAAAGACAAUGGACGUCGAGGAUAUUCAUGAGUAUCUUUUUGAGCGGUUUGGAUAUCGAUGCGAAGAUGUAAGAAUAUUUUUGAGUCAUGCUUUCAGUGGACGCUUUCUACAAAGUAGCGAAUUGUCAUCACAAAAAAUAUGACUAUUUCUGACAUGGUUUUUGUUUGUCAUUCUUGUUUAUCGCACUGUAAGAUAUGACUAAUAAGAUUUCUCAUUUUUUCAGCUCUUCACAAAAUGCCGUUACUCCAGGACGGUUGUGCCUUGUUGCGAGAUCUUUGAAGAGUACUACCUGAUGUUGAGGGGACGCUGUUAUCGCCUCAAGCGUUACAAUUUCACACAGACUGAUGUGGCUGAUCGGGGAAGAUUUCUUGUUCAAAUGAGGCAGCUAAAUGCUCCGUUGACGAGUAAAAAUAAGAAACAGGUAAGGUCAUAGUUCUGACCAGGCAGUUCAUGCCGAAUCUGUCAUCAAAUCGUGUUAAAACUUGGCCAAGUUUUCUCUUUCUUGCCUUAAAUCUCUAUGCCAUUUCUUGCAAGCCGUUGUAUUUUCCUCAACUCCAUUUUUUUCAGCCCCAAGUCAUCGCAUAUCUAGCGCAGCCGCGACGCGAAAUCUCCACAUAUCCCAGAUUCUACAUCAAUUAUCGGGCCUACAACGUCAUCACGUGCAAAAUGAGAGCCAUCAAAAUGUUGGACAGCAACAAGAAUUGCGUCGGAGGGGAUGAAUACGGCGGCCGGAAUGAUUGUUACAUUCGCAAAUGGCUUCAUCAUCGGAUUACUGGACCGCUGAAUUGUACCGUAUUCUACAUGGCGCAUAAGAAUGAUCAGCUCGACACUUGCCCGGUGGGCUUGUUGGCUUCGAAUUAUAAGAGUCUGCAGAAUUUGAGUGUCGACGCUUCGGAUGUAAGCCGGAUUUUCGUACUGACUGUGUUAAUUGAAAGUGCCGUGAAUAUGAGAAGUCUAUUUUACUGAAGCCUGGCACAAAUCUAUAUACAACUGAACUUUCAUGGAUAUAUUUGAACGUGUGCUCGCUGGAAUUCUGCAGAAAUUCCAGCGGAUUUUCUCUUGAAGAUAGAGCGACGGACCUAAUCCAGUCGCAAAAAGCGUACCAUUUUGCAUCCGGGAAGUAUUAAAAAUGUGGCAAAAUACCUCCCUCCCCAACUAAAAAAAGUACAAUCCUAAAUGUCUGAAAAAUGAAUUCUGCUGACUUGACAACUCAUAUAAGUCAUCACAGUCAGCGCGGUCGAAGAUGUGGCUUCUGUUGUCUAGACCUAAAAAAAAUUCUUUUUUUUAUUUUUUUAAUCAUACCGAGAUGCAGUGACGGACCUGAUCCAGUGGCAAAAGACGUACCAUUUUGCAUCCGGGAAGUAUCAAAAAAAUGUGGCAAAAUACCUCCCUCUCCAGUUAAAAAAACUUCAUUUUAAAGAGCCAUUUCCUUAGUAAAGGAGAGGGAAAAAGAUCGCUUUCGAAAUCCGAGUUUUUUCACUUGGAGAAGGAGGUAUUUUACCACAUUUUUGAUGCUUCUCGAAUGCAAAAUGCUACGUUUUUUGCCACUGGAUCAGGUCCGUCACUUUAUAUACUAGUCCUUCCGUAAAGUCAUCGGAGUGAUUUCGGCGGUAUGAACUGUGAGAAAACAAAAGUUUUGAACUGUGCAGAUGACUUUUUUGGGCUAUAAAGUCGGAUUUUUAUCAAUCAUCAAUUUUAAGAUUUAGAAAUUUUUUAGGACUGAGGUUUGGCAGGCCUCUCUAGACAGUAAAAUCAGUUUUUCCGGCAAAAACUUCCCUUGUUGAUAUGUAAUUUCUAAUGUUUACAGUGUCUGCCAGCAUGCAAGAGGACAGAAAUCACUUGCAACCACGAGUUCGACGAAGAUAACCCAUCGAGACAGUACAUUUUCAACAAGAAUUUCCCCGACUUCCAGCUUGAAUACGGAUUUGAAGAUCUUGAGGUAAGAAUCAUUACCUGAUCCAGUGGCAAAAAACGUACCGUUUUACAUCCGGGAAGUAUCAAAAAUGUGGCAAAAUGCUUCCCUCUCCAAGUGAAAAAAACUUCAUUUUCAAGAGCCCUAGCAAAGGAGAGGGGAAAAGAUCGCUUUUGAAAUCGGAGUUUUUUCACUUGGAGAGGGAAGCAUUUUGCCACAUUAAAACUACAUAUUUUUGGCUAUAACUUUUCAAAGGUUACAGUGACGGACUUGAUUCAUGGCAAAAAACCCUACUAUUUUGCAUCAGGGAAGUAACAAAAAUGUGGUAAAAUGCUUCCCUCUCCAAAUGAAAAAACUCCGAUUUCAAAAGCGCGCCCUUCACAAGACAGAUUUUUAGUUGGAGAGGGAAGCAUUUUGCCACAUUUCUGAUACUUCCCGGAUACAAAAUGGAACGUUUUUUGCCAAUCGAUCAGGUCCCCCACUGUAUUUUUGCGGCCGAAUCUCACGGAUAUUCAAUUUUUAAAACCCCUCAUUUUCAGUACGAGUACUACGCCGAGUUCAAAACCACCACCGUUCCCGGCUUCAUUUCGGAGAUUGGCGGCCAAUUCGGGCUGUUCCUCGGAAUCAGCGCCACCAGUCUGAUUCAAUUUUCGCUGAAUUUGUUUUAUGUGCUGCGAACUCUAUUCCGAAGACGCCAAAGAAGGAAACGACAUGAAAUUAAGAUAGAAUAG